CAGAUACAGAUAUUUAGACACGUAGGCCAGGAAAGCGCUAACCACGGUCCUGUGACCACGCAGGUUCCCCGGACACGCCUUUUACAUUGUUAGUACCGAUCAGCGAACACAGACAAACCUGUCAACUUAAGUCUACUCGCUGGAUUUCAUCUCCAUGGCAACAAGCAUGGAAGGCCAAGAGGUGACUCCAGCAGGAAUUCUGAAGAGCCGCAAUGAUGUGACAGUGAAUAAUGAGUAGUACCUACUGUGGCAACUCCUCAGCUAAGAUGAGUGUCAACGAAGUAUCAGCUUUCUCAUUGACUCUGGAGCAAAAAACCGGCUUUGCUUUUGUUGGGAUUUUGUGUAUCUUCUUGGGACUGCUUAUUAUCAGAUGCUUCAAAAUCCUCUUGGACCCGUAUAGUAGCAUGCCUUCCUCUACAUGGGAAGAUGAAGUUGAAGAGUUUGAUAAAGGGACAUUUGAACAUGCACUUGCGUGAGAGUACCAGCUUUAUGGUUUUUAGGGUUAUGCCACUGGGACACGUGGUGGUUACAAUUGUAAUUACCUUGAGUGUGCUGGAGAGAGUCUCAUUUCAUUCAUUGAAUUCAAUAAAUGUGUACGGUUAAUUUAACCAUCAUGCUGUGUAAAUAAGCCUUUGCUGGGGUUCCUCACUUUCUCCUGUCCCCACAUCAAGGUUUCUAAUGAAUA